CGCUAGGGGGACGGUCGCUGUCUCGCGUGUCGAGGGGCGCAUGGCGAAAGGAAGCCCCUGAGACGUUGGCAGGUGUGUGCACGCCGAGUGCCCUGUCCACGAGGACUCGCAGACCGUGGUGGUGGUACUGCUGCCACCGAGUGCUCCAAAGAUGAUGUUGGCAGAGCAAGCCCAGAAGUGGUUCCCCACUCACGUGCAAGUUACAGUCCUCCAAGCCAAAGGUCUGAAGCCCAAAGGCAAAAGUGGCACCAACGAUGCUUACACGAUCAUUCAGCUGGGCAAGGAGAAGUAUUCCACCUCGGUGGCUGAGAAGACCCUGGAUCCAGUUUGGAAAGAAGAGGCCUCCUUUGAGCUCCCUGGAUUACUCCUGCAGGAGAAUCCAGAAAAAUAUGUCCUGUACCUGAUUGUCAUGCACAGGUCAUUGGUGGGGCUGGAUAAGUUUUUGGGACAGGUGGCAGUAAAUCUGAAUGAUAUAUUUGAGGACAAGCAAAGAAGGAAAACAGAGUGGUUUAACCUAGAGUCCAAACAAGGAAAGAGAACUAAAGACAGAGGAGAAAUAAAGGUCAAUAUUCAGUUUAUGAGGAAUAACAUGACAGCAAGUAUGUUUGAUUUGUCAAUGAAGGACAAAACCAAAUCCCCUUUUGCUAAACUGAAAGACAAAAUGAAGGGUCGAAAAAAUGAUGGAACGUUUUCAGAUACAUCCUCUGCAAUCAUUCCAAGCACUCACGUACCUGAUGCAAACAUAGAAGUAUACAGUAGUGAAGUACAAAUGAAAUCAAAACCAAAAAAACCUUUUCUUUUGGGACCUCAGCGACUAUCUUCAGCUCACUCAAUGUCAGAUUUAACAGGUUCACACGUCUCUUCAGACAAAACAAAAUCCAGUGCAAUUGGCUACUCUCAUCUUUUCAGGCGUCAGUUGGAAUCUUUCGGUUCGGUUGAUGAAGGUGGAAGUCUAAAGUCUCCACAUAGAAGGACAUUAAGUGUUGAUACUUCUAAAAUGAGCCAGCUUGACAGCACAGUUGAUGAAACUGCAUUUGAAGCACAAAAUGACCCAUUUACCAAUGUGAGUGCUUCAUUACCCCAGAAAUUUGCAACACUGCCAAGACAGAAGAAUCCGUUUGAAGAAAGCCCAGCAACAUGGGAUCAAAACAUAAGUUUUUUUUCCAAACCUGUUGAAAUCAGAAGAGAAAUUAAAAAAGAGAAAAAAGAGAAAGUUAGCCUUUUUGAAAGAGUGACUGGAAAAAAAGAUAACAGGAGGUCAGAUAAACUUAGCAAUGGGGGAUCAGACAGUUCUACUGAUUUGAAAUCACCUAGUGCAUUUGGUGAAACUCAUCAGGAGAGUUUUGAUUAUGAUUCAACUAAUCCGUUUAUGACGAACUUCAAGCCUACAAGCCUGUUGCCAGCUUCAAGUUAUAAUAUGAAUCCUUCUGGCGUUGAGGACCUCAGGAAAACGAUGGAUGGAAAUCCAUUUGAUGCCACUGCAGGAUACCGUAAUCUUACUUAUGAAGAGAUUUUGCAGGAGCUGCUGAAACAUAAAGAGCAACUUAAGAAGAAGGACACCCAUAUCCGUGAACUUGAGGAUUACAUUGAUAAUCUUCUUGUACGAGUAAUGGAAGAAACACCUAGUAUUCUCAGAGUGCCAUAUGAACCUUCUCGAAAAGCUGGCAAAUUUUCCAAAAGCUAAGAUGAUACUUGAUGAUACUUUCUGCUGAAUGUGUUAGUGGAAGGAAAUCAUACUUAAACAUUUUGACUUCUUUCAUUCCUUUUCUCCUAAGAAAUUCCAGGAAUCAGGGGAGGAGGUGACUACAGUUUAGAUUUUUCAUUUGUUUUUUACUUCAAAUACUAGCAAGGACUGCCAAAAGUAAUAUUCUGUUAUGUUAGCUAAAUAACUUUUUAAAUGAACAAUGGUAUAAUGUUGUACAUCAGGUGAACAUCUUUUUUAGCUACAGAAUAUUACUUGAAGUAGAGAAAAUAAUACACAUUAAAUAUGUCCAUGUAGUUUUAUAUGGUAGUUUAGUUUUCAUCAUCUGGCAGUUUCAGCUGGGAUAGCCUGUGCUAUUUCAAAUGUUUUCUUGACUGAUUAUUGGUAUUACAUAAAUUUAUUCUUUUUGGUAUUACAGCAUGUCAUCAAAACCACCGUUUUCAAGUCAGUAUAAUAUGCUUUGCUAAAUCUAAAUGUGGCUUGUUGCAGGAGUAUGUGGUUCAUUUUAUACAUAUUAAAGGAAAACAGUGAUGCACAAUCUUUAAAAAGAGUAAAUACUGUAUCCUAUAAAAUGUGCUUUUUGUAUAAUAAUAUAGAACAUAUCAAUCCAUUUCAGUAAGGGCACAUGCUGGAAUCAGUUAUUUUGCAAUUAAAUUCCAAAUUUUGUGUAUAAUGAUUGAAUUUUGGUAGUGAACUCAAAGCGUUUUUUUGUGGAUCUUUUUGUACAACAUUAUUGCAUGCCUUUUUAUAUGUUAAAGUACUUCAAACAGUCUUAAUAGUUGGAAUUAGGACUGGAGAAAAGUAUAGAAUAAAGAUAGGGACACUUCAAAGUCUAGUACACUAAAAAUAUAGAAGAAAUGAAUAGACUGAGUUAAAUAUACAUGAUAAUUCUGAACAUAUAAAAAUUUAAGCUUGAAUUUCACGUGAUAUAUGUCUGUCUUAAGUUUUCUAAAUCUUAUGACAAUAAGGUAUAUGCCUUUAAAAAUAGGUUAUGUUGCUAAAACGCAUCCAGAGUACUUAGAAAAGCUUAUCAUUUAAAAGAAAAGAUCUGUAUUCUUUGUAAGUACUUUAAAAAGUCGGUUUUCACCAAGGUAAAUGAAAGGUGAAUAUAGUAAGAAUAUUCUUGGUCAUUUAAUAAUUGUUUAUAAGAUGAUAUAUGAAAAAGAUACCUGCUAUUCAGUAAAUUUUCAAAAUAUAGUGGUGACCAUACACCACUAUAUGUCCUCACAUAUAUUAACAUAAGUAGAUUUUAAUUUUUAUUUCCUUCAUAGUCAUCUUGGUUGGAUUGUCCAUUGUUCCAGAACAGUAAAAACAUAUAAAAAUCUGUAUAGGAGAAUAUUCUAGAUUUGGAUAUAAGAAGACUGACUGUCUUUUCCUUUCCUCUUCUUUUCCUCCACAUCAUUUGCUUUUUUCUUACAUCAUUAUAUAAUGGCUGUUUCUGAGGGAAAAAAAGGGGCUGAAAUUCUGGUUAUUUUUUGUUGUUGUUAAAAGUCUGUAUAUAUUUUCAUUUUUUUUAAUUGCAAAGAUUAGUAAAAUCAUCUUGAAUAAUUAUGAUCUGGAAAAAUACGUGAUGAAAUCUACUAUCUGAAUGCUUUUGACAAUUUUAGUAUUCUGUGACAGCACAGAAUUAUUCUCCCUAGGAAAAAAAAAUUCGGCUCUCAAAUUUCAACUUCUUCUUUUGGUUUUCAUUGUGGAACAUGAUGUGGAAGAGGAUACUUGUACUAGAACUACCCCUCAUCUCCAUAGCAGUGUAUUCCUAAAAUUUGUGAAGUUCGAGCAUUCUCCACCCUAUGUUUGGAUCCAUCAUAGAAUCAUAGAAUCACAAAACAGAUAAGGUUGGAAGGGACCUCUGGAGAUCAUCUGGUGCAACCUCCCUGCUCAGCAGGGUCACCUAGAGCAUGUUAGACAGGGUUGCAUCCAGGUGGGCCUUGAAUAUCUCCAGAGGAGACUCCACAACCUCUCUGGGCAACCUGUGCCAGUGCUCUGUCACUUGUGAUUAAGUGGAGCCUCAGUGAUUCCAGUCAAGCCCUGCCUAACUGUAGUACUUUGCAUUUAGACAUUUGUGACAAAGAGAUGUGCCCAAUUCAUAAGGGAGUCUCUCUUUUGGCAGCCUAAGGAUUUAUCAAAUUCUGUACCUCAUAAACCAUAUGAAUGUUCUUUUGACCUACUUAAGAUCUAAAUGACUGUAAAUUUGUAGUAAUACAUUCAAAGUGCCAAAGGUUAUGUAGUAAGUUAUGGUAUAUUUACUGUUGGAAGUAAACUUUUGCACUCAGAUAGGUUUUAGUUUUUUAAUUACAUCAAGAUGUACUUCAGUUAUUCAGUAUUUCCAUAAAAGUUCUCAGUCAUUUUAGAAUGUUUGGCUGAAGUGGUGGUGUUCUCAUAUUGUUAAUGGGGAAGUGUGCAAUUGUUUUGAAUUCUACAAUAAUUUUGAAACUCAGUGGUACAAUAUGAGACCAUCUAUUAUCUAUGAUCAUUAAAUCAUACACACCAAUGGGAAUUUACAAGUAAACUCACCAGAGAGUACACUCUGAUGACUUUCAGUUGCAAGCCAACUUAUAAUUAUUAAAAUGAAACUCUACUAUAUUUAGCACCUCUGAAAUCACUUCUUUUAGAAUGUAAAUGUAGAAUAUCAAAAUGUAGAAUUGGCUAAAAGCAGAUCAUUUGGCAUAUUUGCAUAACAAGAAUGAUAAGCAGAUUAAAGGUAGUGAAAAGAUCAAUUUUUGUGCAUUAGUGAAGAAACUUACUGAAGCUUUGAAUAUUCUAUCUGAUCUAUUCAGCUUAUCAGGAAAGAGAGGAGAAUGACAAAUGCAAUUUAGGAAAAGGUAAAAGAUUAGAAUGGGACAUUUAUAUUUUUAUAAAGUUCAUAUAGCUAAAGGUACAACUUACUUUUAGAGCAAUUCCUAAAAGAUAUUAAAUGUACACCGUUUUCUGUUUAGAAAGAAGUUUUGAAAAGCAUUGUCACACUAUGUGUAUUUUUAUAAACCAUGUAGCUUUCAAAUGAAAACAUUCCAUACAACAUAAUUUAUAAGUGGAAAACAAAAUUCUGUUUCUCCCCUUAGUAUAAAACUCUAUACUUUCUGAUCAUUUUAAAACUGUAAUAACUUGCCACUUACGAUCAGUCUUUCUUGUACUUUUAAAAUCUAAGGAGGAAAAUCCUGAACAUCUCCACAUCAUUUUGAUCUUUUCUCUCAAAAUUAGCAUGAAGAUACAUCUAUAUAAACUUGGAAAUAGCUCUGCUGAUAGCGAUGUACUUUACUUACUUGAAAGAACAAAUAUCAAGGCCAUAUUUUAGAGUUGUAAAUGAGAAAUUAGAACUUCUGCUAUUCAAAGAGGAUUUUGCAUGCGCAGACACACACAUGCGUGCGCGCGCACACACACACACACGCAAAACCUCUUGAUAAUGUGUUUUAUGUUUGGCUUGGUUUUACACCUAUUAAUGAAUGUAGCAUUCUCCGUAGAUUUUGCAUAACUACAUUCAUUGCUGUUGGCUCUGUCUGAAGAGCUGUUUGUAAUUUUCCAGCUGUAAAAAUGUUGCCUUGCAUUUAGAAAUGUUUCACGAUUUGGGGACCUAAUGAAACUCAAGCUCAUUAAGUACUAGUUUGCAUUUCAUUCUGUACAGGAUGCACUUUCUUAGAUGUAUCUUCAGACAAACAGAACUGCUGUCUUAAUAUGUUUACUGCUGCACUGGAGGUUUGUUUACACUUCCAGCUUUAAGAAAAAUUAUUGCCCUACAUCAAGUUUGUAAAGUAGGCUCAUGCUUUUUUACUGUUUAUGUAUCCAUUACUGUUGUAGAUAUGAUAGAGGUGUUAGCUCUGUGGUUUUUAAAUGGUGAUAUUUAGAGCAUGUUGACUAACUUCCACUCUUCAAAGUAAAUGGUGAAGGAUUAUAGUGCUGCUGUGCUCAUGAUGCUAGAUUUAAGGGUCUGUCAGCACUUUCAUUUUGAAACCCUGUUUUCAGGGAUUCAUUACUUCUAAGUCCAAACACAGUCAGUGGAAGUAUUUAAUAUGCAAUAGCUAGCACUUUAAUCUGUUUAUGAAGGGUUUAGAGAUUUAUUUCUGUUGAAAAAGGUGUGGUCUCCUAAAGGAUAUUUGGCAUUUAAUUUAUCUUUCAUAAUUUGUACAUUGAAGAGUCCACUGAGUGUUACAAAUGGUACAUUCCUGUUCAUCUUAGAAGCUUCCGGAUAUCUUGUAUUACAAUGUACUAUAAAAAGCUGAAGAUCCAGGUUAUGUAAGAAGUUUGUAAAAGAUGUGAACUUAGAACUAAAGAGUUGAUUUUUGUCUUGUGCUAUCAAUGGUAGUUUGUAUACAUUUAAUAAUGGUACAGAAUCACAGCUGUAUACACAUAUGACAAUUAUAAACUUAUAAUGCAUGAAAAGUCUUAUUUUUAUUUCAUUAAUGCAACUUCAACUCCUUUAAGU